GGGAGUGCUGCUGUCAGGAGUGCUGCUGCUGGGGAUGCUGGUGGAGGCAGCACGUGCUGCAGCCAUUGCGCUCGCCUCAUGACUGGCCCACCAAUACGGUCAAGUCUCCUCAUCCCUUGCCAGUCUUGUAUUUCCUCAGACAAGGAUUGCUUGCCUCCCGUUGGUGCUUGCGUGUUCCUUCCAUCAUUGCUGGCUUUUCUCGUUAUAAGAAAUAGGGGGAUCAAAAGCUCGUUAUAAGAAAUGGGGGGAUCAAAAGCUCGUUAUAAGAAAUGGGGGGAUCAAAAGCUCGUUUCGGGGUGAUGGGCGCGUGGCGGUGGUAGCGCAUGGCACUGGGGCGGAAGGGCUCAUACUAGAGUUGCAGGGGGUAGAAACGCAUUCAUCCUCAUGCCCGCGUCCCUCUCUUACCUCGUCCCCCUCGCGUGCUAGCUCCAUGCCCUGAUGCCGUGCGCUACCAUCGCCCUUUCUCUGUUAGUUGGGCUUUGCAAGAUGCAUUCUCGCUAGCGCUUUUGCUUCUCGCAAAGGGCUUCGUUUGUGCAAAUCUUCCGCGUUUCAUGCACGUAACUUGUGCUUGUUUUAGCUCGUGUCUUUGGAUUGGCAUGCCUUGAUCUAAUUCUCUGCAACUCCUUCCCCAAGUGCGUUCUUCCCCCAAGUGCGUUCUUCCCCCAAGUGCGUUUUUCCCCAAGUGCGUUUUUCCCCAAGUGCGUUUUUCCCCAAGUGCGUUUUUCCCCAAGUGCGUUUUUCCCCAAGUGCGUUUUUUCCCCAAGUGCGUUUUUUCCCCAAGUGCGUUUUUUCCCCAAGUGCGUUCUUUCCCCAAGUGCGUUCUUUCCCCCUCACCAUUCCCCUGUACCAGGCCCACGGGAGUGUGCCCUGCAGAGCCGGAGUGGGAGGGCAGUGGGAUGCCGCACGGCGGGCAGCCACAGCGGUGUGACUGCCCCCUGCUCGCCCUGCUGACCACUGCACUCCCCCCCGCGCUGAAGGCUUGCGGGUGCCGCUGCUGGGAGCCCUGCUGACCACUGCACUCCCCCUUGUGCUGAAGGCUCACGGGUGCUGCUGCUGGAGGAAGUGCAGUUGGGGGGAGUGUGGCUGGAGGGAGUGCGGCUGGAGGGAGUGCGGCUGGAGGGAGUGCGGCUGCAAGAACCCACGGGGCGGAGGAGCGUGCUGCACACGCGGCUUCACACCGCUCCCGCUCUCCUCCUCCUCUCAUCUGUCCCUCCUCCUCUGGCUGCCAGUUCUCCCACCAAGGGACCCUCCCCAGGUGAUAGGCAAGUGCCAUGAUGUGAGCAUGGUGGCUGCGAGGUAGACACUCACUGUGAGUUGGUAUGGUCGCUUGGUGGGACCUGGAGCCUCCAACACACCCACUUGCCCCAACUGCGCCUGCAGCCCUCCAACACCGGCAGCGCCCCCACCCACUCGUCCCGCAACCCCAAGACCGACAACCCAACCAUUACCGGGACAAUUCCCUCUCCCUCUUCCUCGUUUCGUGUUCAGUUCUACUUACUUGCACCAUCGCUUGCACUUUCCUGUACGUUUCAUGAUCAUCAUCUCUCUGCUCUUUUGUCUCACUCGCUUGGGCACUCACUCACUUCCUCUCCUUCUCUCUUUCACUUCAGCCGCGAGUAGAGGCAGCAGGGGGGCAGCCGUGGGAUGGCGCACGGCAUGCAGCCACGGGGCUGUGACUGCCCUUCGCAUGCCCUGCUGACCACCGCGCCCCAAUGAGCUGCCGGGAGCGGGAGGGGAGCUGCUGGUACGUAUCUAGCUGCCAGCAGGCAGAGCUAGUAAGACAUUUUAUACAACUCUGGUCUGCGGGAGGGGAGCGGCUGGUACGUAUCUAGCUGCCUCAUCCUGCCCCACUCCUUACUCCCUUUGGCGUGUCUCGUUCGCUUCAGUCGCCGUCGGGUUGCUCCGGUUGAGUGGGGCUGCUAGCUUGAUGGUACGUACCUCUCUGCUCUCUCUUUGUGCCUCAGUCGCUUCAGUCGCUGUGUUUCUCUGCCUGAGUGGAGCUAGCAGCAUGCUAGCCCUUCUCCCCUCGCGUCGCCUGUUGCUUGCCUUGUGUCACUUGCCGUGAUGAUCCGUCCACCUACCCACCUACAGGCAGCACAGCACAGUACAGCACAGCACAGUACAGACAGCACAGACAGCUUGUGGCUGUGGUGAUGGUGGAGGUGGUGGUACCAGAAGCAGAAGGGCAGGCGCAAAGACUCCAACACUGGCGUCGGCAGCACUUUUGUGAGGGGCGGCAACGGGGGGAGCAGCCAAGGGGAGCGCCUUCUACGUCUGCUGCGGGCAGGAGGGGCCUGUUGCUGCAGAGGGGAGCGGAUGGAGCCGAGGAGCGUGGAGACAGGAGGGGGCAUGGAGCAGAGGCGAGCGCUUGUCACACAUGCAGAGGCGAGCGUAUGGAGCUAAGGAGCGUGGAGACAGGAGGGGGCAUGGAGCAGAGGCGAGCUCUUGUCACACAUGGUGGCGUCACAUGGCUGGCUGCAGUGUGUGCCGGUGCUCCCGUGGAGGAUGGGAAAGGCAGCUGCCCCACACCCUUUGGGAGGAGUGCUGUGCAGGAGGAGGGAGUGUGGUGCAGAUGGGUGCGCUGGCCUGCAGGAGGGCGGAUGGAACGCAGGGAGGAUGGAGCAGAGGGCGGAUGGAACGCAGGCGGCGAAGGAGCGUGGCGACACGAAGGGCGUGGAGCAGAGGGGAACGCAGUCACACAUGGAGGUGGCUUCUGCACCCGUGGCUGGAAGCAGAGUGUGCCGGUGCUCCCGUGGCUGGAAGCAGAGUGUGCCGGAGCUCCCGUGGCUGGAAGCAGAGUGUGCCGGAGCUCCCGUGGCUGGAAGCAGAGUGUGCCGGUGCUCCCGUGGCUGGAAGCAGAGUGUGCCGGUGCUCCCGUGGCUGGAAGCAGAGUGUGCCGGUGCUCCCGUGGCUGGAAGCAGAGUGUGCCGGUGCUCCCGUGGCUGGAAGCAGAGUGUGCCGGUGCUCCCGUGGCUGGAAGCAGAGUGUGCCGGAGCUCCCGUGGCUGGAAGCAGAGUGUGCCGGUGCUCCCGUGGCUGGAAGCAGAGUGUGCCGGUGCUCCCGUGGCUGGAAGCAGAGUGUGCCGGUGCUCCCGUGGCUGGAAGCAGAGUGUGCCGGAGCUCCCGUGGCUGGAAGCAGAGUGUGCCGGUGCUCCCGUGGCUGGAAGCAGAGUGUGCCGGUGCUCCCGUGGCUGGAAGCAGAGUGUGCCGGUGCUCCCGUGGCUGGAAGCAGAGUGUGCCGGUGCUCCCGUGGCUGGAAGCAGAGUGUGCCGGAGCUCCCGUGGCUGGAAGCAGAGUGUGCCGGUGCUCCCGUGGCUGGAAGCAGAGUGUGCCGGUGCUCCCGUGGCUGGAAGCAGAGUGUGCCGGUGCUCCCGUGGCUGGAAGCAGAGUGUGCCGGAGCUCCCGUGGCUGGAAGCAGAGUGUGCCGGUGCUCCCGUGGCUGGAAGCAGAGUGUGCCGGAGCUCCCGUGGCUGGAAGCAGAGUGUGCCGGUGCUCCCGUGGCUGGAAGCAGAGUGUGCCGGUGCUCCCGUGGCUGGAAGCAGAGUGUGCCGGAGCUCCCGUGGCUGGAAGCAGAGUGUGCCGGUGCUCCCGUGGCUGGAAGCAGAGUGUGCCGGAGCUCCCGUGGCUGGAAGCAGAGUGUGCCGGUGCUCCCGUGGCUGGAAGCAGAGUGUGCCGGAGCUCCCGUGGCUGGAAGCAGAGUGUGCCGGUGCUCCCGUGGCUGGAAGCAGAGUGUGCCGGAGCUCCCGUGGCUGGAAGCAGAGUGUGCCGGAGCUCCCGUGGCUGGAAGCAGAGUGUGCCGGUGCUCCCGUGGCUGGAAGCAGAGUGUGCCGGAGCUCCCGUGGCUGGAAGCAGAGUGUGCCGGAGCUCCCGUGGCUGGAAGCAGAGUGUGCCGGAGCUCCCGUGGCUGGAAGCAGAGUGUGCCGGUGCUCCGUGGCUGGAAGCAGAGUGUGCCGGAGCUCCCGUGGCUGGAAGCAGAGUGUGCCGGAGCUCCCGUGGCUGGAAGCAGAGUGUGCCGGUGCUCCCGUGGCUGGAAGCAGAGUGUGCCGGAGCUCCCGUGGCUGGAAGCAGAAGUGUGCCGGAGCUCCCGUGGCUGGAAGCAGAGUGUGCCGGAGCUCCCGUGGCUGGAAGCAGAGUGUGCCGGUGCUCCCGUGGCUGGAAGCAGAGUGUGCCGGUGCUCCCGUGGCUGGAAGCAGAGUGUGCCGGAGCUCCCGUGGCUGGAAGCAGAGUGUGCCGGUGCUCCCGUGGCUGGAAGCAGAGUAUGCCGCCGCUCUCCUGGAGGAUGGGAGGCCGCUACCCCACACUCUUUGGAAGCGCGGUGCAGCAGAGGAGGGAGGAUGGGGGCCAGCUGCGCCACACUCUUUAAGAGCGCGGUGCAGCAGAACGGAGUGUGAUGCAGAGGGGUGCGCGGGUCUGCAGGAGGAGGGAAGAUGGAGAAAAUGCCAACACAUCAACACAGGAUCACUCCUUGCUGCUGCUGUAGCAUGCAGCAGUGGGAGGGAGGAUGCUGCUGGGAGGAGCGCCGUGCAGCAGAGGAGGGAAGACGCUGCUGGGAGGAGCGCCGUGCAGCAGAGGAAGGAGGAUGGAGGGCAGCUGGCCCCACGCAGAGUGUGCCGGUGUUGCCGUGGCUGGAAGCAGAGUGUGCCGAUGCUGCCGUGGCUGGAAGCAGAGUGUGCCGAUGCUGCCAUGGCUGGAAGCAGAGUGUGCCGAUGCUGCCGUGGCUGGAAGCAGAGUGUGCCGAUGCUGCCGUGGCUGGAAGCAGAGUGUGCCGAUGCUGCCGUGGCUGGAAGCAGAGUGUGCCGAUGCUGCCGUGGCUGGAAGCAGAGUGUGCCGAUGCUGCCGUGGCUGGAAGCAGAGUGUGCCGAUGCUGCCGUGGCUGGAAGAAGAGUGUGCCGAUGCUGCCAUGGCUGGAAGCAGAGUGUGCCGAUGCUGCCGUGGCUGGAAGCAGAGUGUGCCGAUGCUGCCGUAGCUGGAAGCAGAGUGUGCCGAUGCUGCCGUAGCUGGAAGCAGAGUGUGCCGAUGCUGCCGUGGCUGGAAGCAGAGUGUGCCGAUGCUGCCAUGGCUGGAAGCAGAGUGUGCCGGUGCUGCCAUGGCUGGAAGCAGAGUGUGCCGGUGCUGCCAUGGCUGGAAGCAGAGUGUGCCGAUGCUGCCGUGGCUGGAAGCAGAGUGUGCCGGUGCUGCCAUGGCUGGAAGCAGAGUGUGCCGGUGCUCCCCACACCCUUUAAGAGCGCAGAGCAGCAGAGUGUGGAGGAUGGGAGGCAACUGCCCCACACUCUUUGAGAUGGCAUGUAACUCACCCAUGAGGUGAUGGGGUGAUGAGGGGGUGGAGGAGAAGGGGAGGAUGCAGCUGAAUCAACAGGUUCCUCGGAUUCCGAAGCAGAGGGGCAUGCUGAAGCAGAGGAGCAUGCCGAAGCAGAGGAGCAUGCCGAAGCAAGAGGAGCAUGCUGAAGCAGAGGAGCAUGCUGAAUCAGGGGAGCAUGCUGAAGCAGAGGAGCAUGCUGAAGCAGAGGGGAAUUUGAAGCAGGGGGAUGUUUUUAGCAGAUGGGUGGCAGAAGCAGAAGGGCAAAGCUGAAGCAGAGAAUGCAGGUGAAGCAGAGAGGGAGGGGGGAGCUGAAGCAGAGUGGAAGUUGAAUGAGGGGGAAAGAGGGGAUCCAGCUGAAACAGUGGUGGAUGCUGGAGGCGAGGGGGAAGCUGAAGGUGAGGGUGGAAGGGUAGGAGAGGUGUGGGAGGAGGGAUGGACGGUGUCAGGGAGUGGGAGGUGGAAGAGUGGAGGGGCGGAGGGGGGCGGAGGGGGGUGGCAAAACUAUACCAUCAUAGCAAUACCAUACAUCCUAGCCAUUCGCAUGGCAAAAGUAUGCAUCCUAGCCAUUAUUUUGGCAAAAGUAUACAUCAUAGCCAUUAUCAUGGCAAAACCAUGCAUCCUAGCCACUAUCAUGGCAAACAUAUGUCCCAACCAUUGCUGGGGGAACCGAAUCCCCCACCACCAAUGGCUUGGGAAACUACCUCUUCCCUACUUCUUGGUUUUUCACCAUGCAUCCCAGCCACUGCUUGGGAUAUGCCUGUUUUCUAACCCUUACCAGGGGAACUAUCUAUCCUAACCACUGCUUCGGGACCAAUCCCCCAACCAUGGUUUCGAACAUGGCUGCUGCCUAAUGUUUUGGGACUCCGGUCCCUGCCUUGUUUUGGCCAUGUGUUUACCGGGCGGCGGUCCCCCACCUCCUAGUGGUGUCCGGGUGUAACGCUAGGGGCAGUGCUAACACCCCUAGCGGGCAA